GGAGCAUUUAAAUCCCAGCUGGCUCCGCUUGGGGCAUUGAGACCCAGCUCUCCAGCAGCACCAUGCAGUCGGUGGGCGUCCUUCUCUUUGUGAGGCUCCUCACAUUCCAGACGGAGCUGCCAGCUGCAUGUGGGCAGAAACCAGUGAAACUUGGGACCUGCCCUCCAGAUUACAACAAAUGUAGAGUGCCAGAAAUGGACGAGUGUGACUUUGAUUUUGAUUGUGGGGACUACGAAAAGUGCUGUUUUUGCAACUGUGCCAUGCGCUGCAUGAAACCAGCAGAAGAGGCUCCAGGGAUUUGUCCAGACAUCACUGAAAUUUGUCCCAUGAUUGAUCCUCCUAAUGUCUGCAAAAAGGACAACACGUGUCCAGAAAACCAGAAGUGCUGUGACACCGGCUGUGGGAAAGAUUGUGUUUGGCCUAAGAACAGUACCUAUCUCUCCUGAUAUCUCCAGCACGGUGUAACUCCCUGCUGCAAGGACAGGCCGAGGGCACCGCUAGACCCGUGCUGAUCCCGAUCCCUGUGUCCUGGGCUGUUCAGAUCCCCGCAGGCUGUAUUCCAAGGCUCCCAUCCAGCCUCACACAUGGUUACAAAUAAACUCAUUUAUGCCUCAGCCUUGCCA